UGCUCUUCACUACGGUAUAGAGCAUAACAACGCUGGAGGUAACAACAUUUCGCUUAAUGCGCCUUAUAGUCCGGUGCGCCUUAUAUAUGAAAACAUUUCAAAAAUAGACCAUUCAUUGACAGUGCGCCUUAUAAUCCAGUACGCCCUAUAGUCCGGAAAAUACGGUAGUAACUUUAGCUGUAACUUAAAUGUAAUGAAGUAAAAAAUACAAAAUGUGCCUCUGAAUUUUAGAGAAGUAGAAGUAUAAAGGGGUACUAAAGGAAAACACUUUAAGUACUUCAAAGUAAGUAUAUCAAAUAUGUACCGUCCUUGAGUAAAUGUACUAAGUUACUUUCCACCCCUGACGUAGAGGACACGCCUUGUUGAUGUUGUAUAUCAACAAAUCAUACACAGACUGAUAUUAACACAAACAUUUGGAUUAUCUGGAAAAUGGAUAUUACCCUUACUUCGAACGAAACACGACAGCCUUGCGCAACACGGGCAGAGGUUCCUGGCUGUGCCAGAUAAAGUACGAGUUGAACAGAAGUACUUGAAUGCAGCACGAGAGGCGCGCCUCGCUCCUCACGCGUCCUGCUGAGCUGAGAGGAAAACAUGAUGGACGGAUGAAGUCUAACCGCACAGCCUCAAAUAUGUGGACGGAGGUGAAAAACAGAAGCAGGACUGUCACCAGCGGCAGGAACAGCUCGAUGAUGGUCGGCCCAGAUCUGACACAACAGCUUUUACAACAUGAUCAACACAGGAAUGGUUCAACUGCAGCUGCCACUCGUCCUUCUCACACAGAGGACUCUUUAACAAGCAGCAGUGGAAUCAUCCCAGGUGCAAUUGCAGCCACAGUGUUCAUUGCCUUUUUACUUGCUCUCUACGCUGUCCUCUGGAAGUGCAUGGUGUCACCACCACAAAGAAAGCACAGCAAGGUGAGGGUGAGAGUAAAACAGAGGACGUCUUUGUGAAGACUGGCUUCAAGGUGCAGAAUAUCGGGCAUCUGUUUAUGCAGGUCAAUGUGGAUCUUAAUGGUGUGGACUCAAAUCUGAGAGCAAACUCUGCCCAGAGAAAAAACACCCGAGUGACAACAUGUCGCUGAAGAAGAUCCUUCUUAUAGAUGAAAGGUCAAAUCACAAAAAACUGCCUGCACUGAGAGGAUGCGUUCCCUCAGCUGUCUGCUCGGGGCUCCUGUUGACUCUAAGCUCCAUGUUGAUGUCAAACACUUGUGUUGCAGGUCAGAUCAUGCUGCUUUUUCUGUGAAAUCUGCACUACUGAGGGACCAAUAAGCUGUGUCUGUGUGUCUGAUAGAAAGGUGCUGGUAAAUGUAGAUGAUUUGUUUUUAUAUUUUGUACAGUUGUAUUUAGACAUUUCCUCUUUUAUGGGUUCUCCUUUUUUAAAGAUUUCUUGAGUAAACUACUAAUGCUCGCAGAGUGUUAAGGACUAUCAGCCAUACACUUCUCCCUGCCUGGGUAUUUAGACAGCAUUCACUGUGGAAUUAGAAAUGUAUUAUGAUUUUGAUUUAUAUUAUCCUUCAUUGUCUUCUUUGAAAUCCACACUUUACUUUACUUUACUCAGGAUAGUGUAACUACUGUAUUACUUGUGACUCUCUCUAAUAAACUGUGACUUUUUUUUA